AUGAUACGACCAGGCGUAGGAUUAUAUUUUUAUUUAGAAGGUGCCGAACGGAAAUGCUUUAUUGAAGAAUUACCAAGAGAAACUCUUGUUGUUGGCACUUAUAAAGCUGAAGAGUGGUCUGAAACACAACAACAAUAUAUUGAAAAUCCUGCACUUGGAAUUCAAAUAACUGUCGAGGAAUUACCUAUGGGUCAUGUUAUAAUAAAUCAAAAAGGUCCUAGCCGUGGUCGUUUUACUUUUACAGCCGCCGAAUCAGGAGAUCAUUCAAUAUGUUUGUCAACGAAUUCUUCUGGAUGGUUUGCAAAUAGUCAGACUAAAUUACAUUUAGAUAUGAUCAUUGGUGAAACAACCAGUGAAGAAGAAAAUGAUAAAGAACAUUUUAGCGAUCUUGCACAGAGGGUGAAUGAUUUAAAUAAUCGGGUUGCAGAUAUUAGUAGAGAACAAAGUUAUCAACGUGAACGUGAAGCAGAAUUUCGUGAUCAAUCCGAAAUUACAAAUUCACGCGUUGUCUACUGGAGUAUCGCUCAAGUAAUAGUUUUAUUAAUCACUUGUUUAUGGCAAAUGCGACAUUUGAAAGGAUUUUUUGAAGCCAAAAAGCUUGUAUGA